AUGAAUGGGGCUCUGAUUUUUCUUCUAUUUGUAUGUUUAAUUAAUUUGUGUGCUGGUUAUGAAUUGGAAAAUUCAAAUCAUUUUACAAUUCAUUCCACUUUUCUUACGUUUGGUCGAGAUUAUUCAGUCAUAACAGAUGAAAAGAACGACAAUAGUACAAACUAUAAUAUUCGUUAUAAAUGGGCAGAAAAUGCUGGCAAAACGUUGACAAUCGAAAAUAAUAAACAAGAAGUGAUCUAUGAAAUGCGACAUCGCCUUCUGCAUUAUCGCGCACAUUGGGAUAUCACAAAUGAAAAUGGUAAACUUGUUGGCGAAUUCAAACACAAAUUUUCAGCAUUGCAUCACAAUUUCGAUAUCAUUACACCCAGUGGAACGUACAAUGUUCGAAGUGAAUCUCUGUUGUCACAUGAAUUCAAGAUGACAAAAGAUGGUAAACUGGUAGCAACAAUCAGUAAAGAAUGGUUCACAUUCGGUGGUACUUAUCAUCUUGAUGUUGUUAAGACAGAAGAUCCUGCUUUCGUCAUUGUGAUUACGAUCUGUAUAGACGAAACUAUAAACCAUUAA